GCUUCCGGAGCGGGGAGGAGGAGUGCACUGCAAACAGUAAAUGCCGAAAGUAAUUGUGAGCAUUGAGCAACCGUGGAGCAUCAGACUUCUGGAAACUACUGCCUGGGAUACACACACCUGUUGCGCUGCAGGGACAUCACACGACUUUCUGAAUUUCAUCGAGGCGAUCUGCUUACGGUCGAGAAUUCAGAAAUGACGGACACUCUUAUUCCUAAUGGUAUCAAGACCGACGUACCAGUGGAGAAUGGCUACUUCAAAAAGGGAUGUAAUCCAUUCGCCCAGACGGGUCGCAGUAAGCUGCAGAAUGAGAGAGCGCUUCUCAACCAACAAAUCAUCAAGCAGAUGAGGAUGAGAGCUGGAGCAGAGAAUCUCCUUAAGGCGACAUCCAAUAAUAAGGUUCGGGAGCAGGUGGUACUGGAGUUGAGUUAUGUGAACUCAGAUCUGCAGCUUCUCAUGGAACAGCUUGAGAGACUCAACAGCUCGGUGGAGGUUUAUCAGAACGUACAGGAGACAUCCAGCAUCCCACUCAUCCCUUUGGGGCUGAAAGAGACAAAGGAGGUGGAUUUCUCCGUUGCACUCAAGGACUUUAUUUUGGAACACUACAGUGAAGACGGCUCAAACUUUCAAGAUCAGAUAGAUGAUCUGAUGGACCUUAGACAGGCAUGCCGGACCCCCAGUCGUAAUGAAUCUGGUGUAGAAUUGCUUGGCAAGUAUUUGGGUCAACUGUCCUUCCUGGAGACGCGAUUCUUCUCCCCUACACGACAGAUUGGCAUUUUCUUUACAUGGUAUGACUCCUUCACUGGCGUGCCUGUGUGCCAGCAGAACAUUUCUCUGGAGAAAGCCAGUCUGGUCUUCAACAUGGCAGCUCUCUACUCGCAAGUUGGCACCCGUUCCAACAGACAAACACAAGCUGGACUGGAGGAAGCUAUCACUGCUUUUCAGAAAUCAGCAGGUGUCCUUCAAUACCUAAAGGAGACAUUCACACACACGCCCAGCUACGAUAUGAGUCCUGCUAUGUUAAGUAUGUUGAUUCGGCUGAUGCUAGCGCAGGCGCAGGAGUGUCUGUUUGAGCAGAUCGCUCUGCCAGGAAUCCGAAAUGAGUUCUUCAACCUGCUCAAAAUGGCCCAGGAGGCUGCCAAGGUGGCUGAGACCUACAGUCAGGUUUACCAGUCCAUGACCCAAGACCCCAUUAAGAACAACGUGCCCUUUUUCUGGACCACCAUGUGUCAGCUGAAGACCAAUCACUACAACUCUCUUGCUCACUACUUUGUCUCCACUGCCUUGCUGGACCACCAGCUGUCCCCCAAUGAUGAUGAGGACAAACAAGAGAAGGCUCUGUCACAAGUAUAUGACGCCAUGCCGGAUUUACAUUCCCCUCUCGACAUCCUGAAGAAUAAGGAAGAGAGGCGGAGGAUAGGUAAAGCUCAUUUGCAGCGUGCCAUCAUGGGACACGAAGAGGCGAUCCGCACGCAUGCGCUUUGUCGACACUUGCAUAAAACAGACAUCAUGAGCGACAUCCUGCAGGCCAGCCACAAACGUUCCCUUGCCAAGUUUGAACAAUAUGACAAGGAAGAUGAGUUCACAGACUACAUGAUUGCACCAGAUAUCAUAUCUAAGACAGAUAAGAAAGCGGAGAUGGAACUUCCAGCUGCCACCAAGGUGAAAGUCACAGACUUAUUCCAGCGGCUGGGGCCUUUGUCAGUGUUCUCAGCAAAGCAGAGAUGGACAGCUCCACGUACCAUCAAGCUAAGACUGCAAAACAGAGACCUUGGAUUCACUCUGAAGGGAGAACCGCCUGUUCAGAUACAGUCACUCGAUCCACUUUGUCUUGCAGCGUCGGAGGGACUGAGAGAGGGAGAUUACCUUGUUGCUGUGGGCGAUACAGAUUGUAAAUGGAUGGGAGUGAGCGAUGUUAUGAAGCUUUUAAAAGACGUGGAUGAGGAGGGCGUUAACAUCAAAGUGGUCAGCAUGUUGGACAGUAGCAGCCAACCAAUGCCCACCAAAAGCGCAACAUACAGUGGUGGUCUGCCCAAGACCUAUUCCAUGAUCUGCCUUGCACAUAAUGAGGACGAGAAGAACGCAAAGGCCCGCAAGGUGGCAAAGAAACCAUCAUUUCUCAGCUGGGGACUCAAAAACAAGCUGAAGAGCAGCAGCACGUUGAGUCUUCCCAAUGCAGAUUACAGUGGAGCUCAGCCCUGGAACAGGCCAUGCCCAACCUUUCCUGGCUCCUCGAAUGAUAGUGCGCUCUACUAAACAAACGCAACUGGAUUUGUACAAACACUGAUCGCACAAAAGCACCCUAUAUUAAAAAUAAGAUGGAGAGAAGAUUACAGAGGGUAAAGUUAAGUACUAUAGUAAAAUAUACAUUUUGCACAUCUAUUUACACAGGUGUAAGCUAUUUUAUUUGUUCAUUUAUUUGUUCGUCUCACCAGUUUUACGUGUUUUAAUGAAUCAGUAGAUAAGACACAAUGUGUAUGCUGCUUGAAAUAUUUAGAUUUGUGUUUUAUUCAUGUAUUGAAUGGUUAAAAUGAAGAUGAGGUGCGAUGAAGGAUUAUUCUGCCAAUAGAUAGGCGCCCUCUUGUAGUUCGACACUUGUUUUGCUGUGGGUGAAGAGAGCUUCUUUUGUUCUGCAAUUGUACAUGUCUCUUCUUUACACUGCUUGAGGACACUCCUGUCCUUUGUCAGAACCACACAGCAGACGGCCUGUUGCUUACAGACAAGGUUUCUAUGGUGAUCUUGCAUUAUUGAAUGGAAUUGUAAUCCUUUGUCGAUCACUGUAGAAGAACAGAAUGUAGAAGUUGACAGCGAAUAGAUUUUGCUUCUCGUACGUCUACGCAAGCAGUAAUCAUAUUUGUGUGUAACUGAAGUAUUUACAUACACUGAAGGAAUAAACCAUGAUAGGACUUUGGCCAACACCAUCAACAUAUUGCCAGAAAAGUGAAUAUAAAUGCCAUUCUUAUUUAACUUGUUUUAUGUGUUUUAUCUAACACUUCUUAAGCGUUGGAAUAUUUCACUGUCUACAAAGUAGAUUUUUAUACACAUUUGAUAAUCAAAUAAUUUAUAUGCAAAAUAAAGAGAAACAUAACUAUAUAACCAUGUAUUCAUUUUAAGUAUUUAGUUUUUGUAUCAUGAAAUUGUAGCUUGAUGUAUAUAAUCAUGGGUUGGUUUUAUGGCUACAGUACAGUUUUUUUUCUGUUACUCUUUUUAAUAGUGUAGCUCAAAGGGUGUUUUUCCCUGCAUACAUCUUACUGACAAUAUUUAAAAAUUGUAAUUAAAUUCAAACCUCUCUCAAUACAAGAAAGUCUUAAGCCUUACCACUGAACAAUGCCUUACCACUGAAAGCAUUAUCAGGGUCUACAAUAAAAUGUUAUUAGUAACUGUGGACCUACACUCCUUGCUUGUAAAUAAUGUAUUAUCUUUGUGAUUGUAUUUUUACCAUUUAUGUUUUUACAUACACUGUUCUGUGAGGAUGUGGAUGUUUUCUAUCGUAUACUUAAUGAAUCUUUAAAAGUUGCACAUGUUUUGUUCUUUAAAGUUGAGCUAGAAUCAACAUUAUUGGCCUGAAUUUUAACAUUGUUACGAAUAUUAAUGUUAUAUGAGACCAAUCCCAGAUUAGUUUCACAACAUUUGACCUUGUUCAUGUUUCUAUAGCUUAUGUUAAUUAGCAAGUGUCUGGUCUGUGGUUAAUUUUUAUUUGUUAAUUUUAUGUUGUCUUUGUAAAUCUUGAAAUAAAUAAAAUAAGGGGUCAAAACUG